GGCUCUUAUAGUCUUUUCUCUCCCUGUUCUCUUUCCCUCUUCGCGGCAGAAGACAGAUUGUUACCGUCUUGAGUUUCUCUCAGGAACGCCACUUCCUCCAUCAUCGAUUCAUAAAUAGUUCAACACCCACCUGAGCUAAGCUCCUUCUCCUCCUCCCUUUUCUUUUUCACUGUAACGGCCCUCCCCGGUGGCUUCCGAGGUUGCUCACCGCCCUUCUCACAGUGCACGUGGCAGUAUCUAUAACAUGGGAGUGAUAAAAGAUGGAAAAGUGUCUGGAAUUAUACCAGGCAAUGAGGCAUUCGCGGUGCAUUACCCUGGAUAUCCUUCUUCCAUGUCUCGCGCCAUUCAAACUCUUGGAGGCACCCAAGCAAUUCUUAAGGCUCGUAGCUCGCAAUCGAACAAGUUGGAGCUCUUUUUCCGGCCGGAGGAUCCUUAUUCACAUCCUACAUUUGGAGAGCUUCGUGCCUGUAGUAAUCUGUUGUUGAAAAUAUCUAAAAAGAAGUCAAGUUCUUCCAUUAAUUCACCCAAUUCGGCCAAUAAGUCAGAAGCUGAAUCAUGUGUUGAGACAGAAGUUUGUGCUGAUAUUGUUGCUCGGAUUCCUGAGGCUUAUCAUUUUGAUGGAAUGGUGGACUACCAGCAUGUUGUUGCAGUUCAUGCUGAUGCUGCCAGGAGGAAAAAGAGGAAUUGGACAGAAAUGGAGGAACCACACUUUGAAAAGGCUGGCCUCAUGGAUUUUGAUCAGGAGGAUGUGAUGAUUCUAUUGCCUCCACUUUUUACGACCAAGGAUUUUCCUGUGAAUUUAGUGUUGAAACCACCAGCCAUUGCAAGUUCAAAAAAGAAACAAGAAGAAGCUGUAGAGAGCCAUGUUGAGAUGAACCUAGAGCCUGCCCUUGCUAUUGAUUUUAACAUUAAAGAGAUUCCUAAAGAGAUAAAUUGGAAGGCAAAUAUAAUACAGGGCACAGAUCUGUGGGGGUGGCAGAUGGCAGUAUCUGAUCUGUUUGAGGAGCGACCAAUAUGGCCCAAGGAUGCACUGACUGACCGCUUACUUGAUAAAAACUUGAAAUUUACCCAUCAGACACUUAGAAGACUUCUGCUUGCAGUUGCAUACUACUUUUCAGGUGGACCAUUUCUCAGAUUCUGGAUCAAAAAAGGAUAUGAUCCCCGUAAAGAUCCUGAGUCUCGCAUAUAUCAGAGAAUUGACUUUCGAGUACCACCUUCCUUAAGAAGCAAUUCUGAUGCUAAUGCUGCUAAUAGCUUGAAGCAGAAAUGGGAGGAUUUAUGCAAAUUUCAAGUUUUCCCUUACAAAUUCCAAACAUCAUUGCAACUAUCUGAACUUGAUGAUGAUUACAUUCAACAAGAGAUAAGAAAACCUCCAAAGCAAACCACUUGCACUUAUGGAACAGGAUGGUUCACACAGCAUGUUCAUGAUAGCUUCAGACAUCGUGUGAUGGUGAGGUUCCUAUCAGUAUACCCAAAACCUGGUGCAGCUAAGCUGCUAAAAGCUACUUCUGAAGACUUUGAAAAGUCAAAGAGGGCAUGCAUUUUUAAAGAUGGCUUAAAACCAGAUCAACAACAACAGCGAAUUAGUAAAGAAGUCAUAGUUGAUGAAGCAAAUGAGAAUCAAAACAAUGUUGAUGAAGCAAAUGAGAAUCAAAACAAUGUUGAUGAAAGUGAGAUGGAUGACAUUGAGGUUGAUGAUCCUGAAGAGGAAUUGGAUGCAUAUGAAGAACUGGAUCUGGCUGGUGAGGAUGAUGAAACCUCAUUCCAAUCACAUUCAUUCCUAUAUUACCUGGGUAUAGAUCUGGAGGACAACUCAAGAAGCUAUCUGCAAGAGCUCUUUGAUAGCUUUCAACCAGUGGAUGGCAGUGGUGAUCAAUUACAAGAUGCUGACACUAGUGAUGGAGAAUAUCAGAUUUAUGAGCAAGAUGAUGAUUGUGGCAACCCUGAUGAUGAUGAUGAUUGACAUGCUCACAUCAGUGUACACAGCAAAAUUUCAAUAGCUGCCCGGAUAGUCAAAAGGCACAACCUGUCACCAGACGGCCGGAACAGCCUCAUCAGGCUGCUGGAAUUACAAAUGCUUUGCUGCAAAAAAAAAUACUCAUGAACGUGAAAGAUCAGACAAUGAGUUACCAUCCUGGAAAUUGCACGUGACGAUUCGAUUGAUAUGCUGUUAUACUUGGUGGAGUAAAGUAAACAACAGAAUCAUCUAAUAUCAUGAUCAGACCUUGGAAGAGUGUGGAGCAUAGAGUUAUCAAUUUGAUGUUAGAAUGGAAUCAUCUGACGAUGAUUGAUAUUUUCUUAUUUGGUUUAGUGAUUAAAUUUCUCCCUUUCUGUAUCAACUCCUUUGUUCCUCCCACUCUCUUACCUCUACCAAGAGAGAGCAACAAUGUCUCUUCCUAAGCUCUCAUUGCCAAUGGGCUUAAAUCUCCAAUAAUUAUAAUAUAAUCGUGGUAUGUAAAAUAAUAUUAUUAUAAUUUUUAUUUACUAUAAUCAAUAUUCAACCGCUCCAAUACUCAAAUUUCCUUAUUCCUUAUGA